GUUCACUCACAUUUUCACAUUACACCAAUUCAACCAAAUCCACCUCUCUUUUCCUCUUCCUUUCUCAAUUAGCGCCCUUUUUUACAGAAAUCAAAGAAGCAAAAAACCCUCAGAAACCCCAUUUCUAAGCUCUUCCCUUCCCUCCCGAUCCAAUUUUCAACAUCAAUCACAUCAUUUCCUUCAUUCAAAUCCAACAAACUCUCAAUACAAAACCCAUCACCAUGAUUUUAAGAAAACCCACUUCCAGAUUCAUCCUCCUCGCCUUCACCCUUCUCCUGUUAUUCGGAUUCUUCGCCAUUAUUAUUAACUCAUCUGAAACCAACCCAGCUGAAAAUGACGAUGAUGAUUUCGAGGGUCUCGAGGAAUUGUUGGCAUUGGAUGAAGAAGAGGAAAAUCAGCAGCAGGAUGGGGAUAAUUUGAGGACCUCAGAAGCAAAGGUAUUGACUAAAGCACAGAGGAUAGUUCUUGAGCUUAGCAAUGAUAAUAGUGAGAGAGUGAUUGAACAAAAUGAGUACGUUUUGCUUCUGGGUUAUGCCCCUUGGUGUGCUAGAAGUGCAGAGCUUAUGCCCCAAUUCGCUGAGGCAGCCAAUUCACUUAAGGAAUUGGGAAGCCCCAUUUUGAUGGCGAAGCUUGAUGCUGAUCGCUAUCCAAAAGCUGCCUCUGUCCUCCAAAUUAAGGGGUUCCCUACACUGCUUCUGUUUGUUAAUGGGACUUCUCAAGCUUACACUGGCGGAUUCACUUCGGAAGAGAUUGUGAUCUGGGUGCAGAAAAAGACUGGUGUACCUGUUAUAAAUAUAAACUCUUUGAACGAAGCUAAAGAAUUUCUUAAGAAGCACCACAUGUUUAUUGUUGGUCGGUUUGAGAAAUUUGAGGGACCUGCAUAUGAAGAGUUUUUUAAAGCAGCCUCAGAUGACAAUGAAUUCCAGUUUGUUGGGGUGAGCGACAUCGAAGCUGCAACGAUCCUCUUCCCAGAUAUUAAACCCUCAAACAAUUUCCUUGGACUGGUUAAAGAUGAGGAGGAAAGAUAUACAAUAUAUGAAGGAACUUUUGAAAGGGAAAGGAUAUUGCAUUUUUUGGAGCAUAACAAGUUUCCAUUAGUCACUAAACUGACGGAAAUGAACUCUAUUCGAGUUUACUCCAGCCCUGUUAAACGCCAGGUUCUCAUUUUCGCUGAGGACGAUGAGCUCCAGAAUCUUCUUGAACCCCUUCAGAAUGUUGCAAAAAAGUUCAAGUCAAAGGUGAUGUUUAUCUCCAUAGACAUUGCGAAUGAAAAUCUCGCAAAGCCCUUCUUGUCGUUAUUCAGUCUUGAAGAGUCAGACAGAACUGUGGUUGCUGCUUUUGAUAAUGGAAUGAGCUCAAAGUUUUUGUUAGAGUCAGAUCCAACUCCGAGCAACAUAGAGGAGUUUGGUAGAGGCCUUUAUGAUGGUACUCUGUCUCCUUACUUCAGAUCACAGCCAAUACCAAAUAAUGAGGGAGCAAGCAUUCAAGUAGCUGUCGGAAGGACAUUCGAUGAUCUGGUUUUGAAGAAUCCCAACAAUGUUUUCUUGGAGGUGCAUACCCCAUGGUGCAUCACCUGCGAGACAACAAGCAAGAAUGUGGAGAAAUUAGCUAAGCAUUUCAAAGAUUUUGAUAACAUUGUUUUUGCCAGAAUUGAUGCUUCUGCAAACGAACAUCCGAAACUACAAGUAGAUGAUUAUCCAACCCUCCUGUUUUACCCUGCAGCAGAUAAAUCGAAUCCGAUAAAGCUUUCGAGCAAGGGAAGUUUGAAGGAUUUGGCAAAAAACAUUUCCAAAUUGCUGAAAUCUGAAGAGCAGGCCCGUAGUAAAGAUGAACUAUAGAAUACAAGCUUUUAGAUUUGAAAUAGAAUGCGACAAGGAAAUUAGAAUUUAAGAAAUUUUCUGAGGUCUCAGUCAAGAUAGAUACAGAGGCAGAGGCAGUGGGCAACACUUGUUGGAGUUUAAAUUUAUAAUAUAUUACGUUUUCCUUUUUUAAUGUGAGAUUUUACUAAUUUAUGUUGUCUUCAACACAUAAUGAUUCAUGUAAAACACAUCUUUGUUAAUUAUGAUGUGUUACUGCUUAUCACUAAUAUUUCCUAAUUUUUCUCCUUAUAUUACAAUAUCAAAUUUGUCUUUUUUGUCCA